ACACUGACUCAUUUGACUCAAGAUAUUCUUGUUUAUCCGAGACUCAUGAGAAAAUACGCAGGUCUGAAUUGAGAUUAGAGGCAGCUACACCAGUACUUGGCCUUUGUUCCCUCCCUGCUUCCUGCUCUAACUGUCACUGGCUGUGUUUGACUUUCGCAGUGUGAGGGGUGAGCUUCUCAUUCGCCUCCUCUUUGAUUUCCCUGCCUUAGAGAGAGAAAGAUACUCAAAGUGAGAGUAGAGAAAGAGAGGGAGCAAAAAUAAGACUAAAAGGUAAAAAACAUGUGUUGUACUGGGAAGUGUGCCCGCCUGGUGGGCCUUAUUCUGCUGCCUUCCGCGUUCAUCUGCAUGAUCUCCAACCUCCUGCUGUUCUUCCCCGAUGGGCAGAAACUGGAAAAUAAUCAGAUCUCCCUCCAGGUCUGGCUCAUGGGGGGACUUAUCGGAGGAGGCCUCUUUAUGCUUUGUCCGAGCUGCUCAGCUAUCAGGGCUGGGGGCAAGGGUUGCUGUGGAGCAGGUUGCUGUGGCAACCGUUGCAGAAUGCUGAACUCUGUGUUCUCCUCUGCUUUCGGCCUGGUUGGAGCCAUCUACUGCACCAGUGUGGCCUCUGCAGGUCUGGCUAUUGGACCCAAGUGUCGGGUGAACGGCAACUGGGAAUACCCCUUUGAAGACCUUGGCACUGGUAAUGGCAGCUACCUUAUAAACCAGACUCUGUGGACAAUCUGCGAUUACCCUGCCAACGCAGUGAUGUGGCACGUCGUUCUGUUCUCCAUACUGCUGGCCAUGGGAGUGGUGCAGCUGGUGCUCUGCGGCAUCCAGGUGGUCAACGGCUGCUUGGGAUGCAUCUGCGGGGACUGCCGCGACAGCAAAGAUGAUGAUGGUGGAUUGUGAAAGUAAAGAAGAUGGCCCGGUUGUAAAAAACCUUCACCAGGGCCAGGAGGCAUAUUCAGGGAUACCUCUCUAU